AUGCGUCACACUCAGUCUGCCUCCCUCCUGGCGGCCCUGCUGUCGGCCACCACCCAGGUGGCGGCCCACGGGCACGUCACCAACCUGGUGGUGGACGGCGUCUACUACGAGGGCUUCGACAUCAACGUGUUCCCCUACGAGACCGACCCCCCGAAGGUGGCGGCGUGGACGACCCCCAACACGGGCAACGGCUUCAUCUCGCCCGACGAGUACCGCAACCCCAACAUCAUCUGCCACGAGAACGCGACCAACGCGCAGGCGCACGUCGUGGUGGGGGCGGGCGAGAAGGUCAACGUGCAGUGGACGGCGUGGCCGUCGUCGCACCACGGGCCUGUGCUGGACUACCUGGCGCGCUGCUCAGGCAGCUGCGAGACGGCCGACAAGACCGAGCUGGAGUUCUUCAAGAUCGACGGCGUCGGGCUGAUCAGCGACUCCGAGGUGCCGGGCACCUGGGGAACCGACCAGCUGAUCGCCAACAACAACAGCUGGAUGGUCGAGAUCCCCCCGACCAUCGCGCCGGGCAACUACGUGCUGCGCCACGAGCUGAUUGCCCUGCACGGCGCCGAGGAGACUGACGGCGCCCAGAACUACCCCCAGUGCUUCAACCUGCAGGUCACCGGCACCGGCACCGCCACGCCCUCGGGGGUGCUGGGCACCGAGCUGUACACCUCCACCGAGGCCGGCAUCCUGGUGAACAUCUACUCCUCGCUGGCCACCUACACCGUGCCCGGGCCCAGCCUCUACAGCGGGGCUGUCUCCAUCACCCAGACCACCUCGGCGAUCACCUCGACGGGCACCGCCGUUGUGGGCAGCGCCAGCGGGGUGGCCAGCGGGCCCGAGGUGCCUGCCUCAACCAUCACCCCGGCCCCGGCCUACACCGCCGCCACGGCGGGCUCGUCCAGCGGCACGCAGUCGCUGUACGGCCAGUGCGGCGGCAUCAACUACUCCGGGGCGUCGGCCUGCGCGUCCGGUUCGUCUUGCCACAGCUACAACCCUUACUACUACCAGUGCAUUGCUAGCGCUUAG